GUGCAAUCAUUUAACACAAGAGCGCGAGCUCAGCCAGUUCAGGGCAGUGUUGCUAGACUUAUACUGCGUUUUGUUUUAAUUCUCUAACUAAUAUCACGCCAAUAACUGACUGCAGUCGGAGGAAUACGCCUGUUCUGAUUUGGUUUCCACCCAUUCGCUUCACGUAUCGCAGCGUUUUCACCUGGCUUCGGCUAGCAGGCUAACUUGUUUAGCCAUCUCGCGAGUUAAUCGAUACUCGGCUGCUUUCAGGAUACGAGGAACACCUCAUGCACAUCAUUUUCUGAACGAUUAUGGCACACGUCUACACCUGACACAGGGCUGUGAUCUCGGUAGGAUGUUUUGAAAGGCAAAGCGAAGCUGAAGACCAGAUGUUCCUCUGACAAAAGUAAAGAUGAUGCCUAUGAUUUUAACGGUGUAUUUGAGUGAUGGGGAGCAGGCCUUGACGGAGGUGCCCAUCACUCCAGAGACCACAUGCCGCGACGUGGUGGAGUUCUGUAAGGAACCGGGAGAAAGUGGCUGCCACCUGGCUGAGGUUUGGCGUGGAAAUGAGCGAGCCAUUCCCUUUGACCACAUGAUGUAUGAGCACCUGCAGAAAUGGGGCCCUAGGAAGCAAGAGGUCAAGUUCUACCUACGCCAUGAAGACUCGCCCACUGAAAGCAGCGAUCAGGGGAGCCAGCAGUCUCAGGAGCAGCCCAGCAGGAGAGGAGGAAGCAGCUCAGACACGCACAACGAGAACGGGGUGGGAAAUCCUCGCGUGGAGCUCACUCUCUCAGAGCUGCAGGAGAUGGCCACUCGUCAGCAGCAGCAAAUUGAGGCCCAGCAACAGAUGCUUGUCGCUAAGGAGCAGCGGUUGCGCUAUCUUAAGCAGCAGGAGAGACGGCAACAGCAGGCUGUGUCUGAAACAGAGAAACUGCAGAGGCUGAAGGAAAGAGUGGAGAGUCAAGAAGCCAAACUCAAGAAGAUCCGUGCCAUGAGGGGCCAAGUGGACUACAGCAAAGUCAUCAAUGGCAACCUGUCCGCAGAGAUCGAGCACAUCAGCGGGCUCUUCCAGGAGAAGCAGGCGGAGCUGCAGGCAGCCGUCCUGAGGGUAGAUCAGCUCAGUCAACAGCUGGAGGACCUGAGGAGAGGCAAAAUGAAUGGCCUGCAGACCAUCGGGGGUCAGGUGACCGGCACCGCUGCUCUGGAGCUCCGCAAACUCUACCAGGAGCUGCAGAUCCGCAAUAAGCUGAAUCAGGAGCAGAACAGUAAACUUCAGCAGCAGAAAGAGCUGUUGAAUAAGAGAAACAUGGAGGUGACACUGAUGGACAAGCGUAUCAAUGAGCUCAGAGAUCGACUCUACAAGAGAAAAGCUGAGGCACGUCAAAAGGAAAACCUUCCACUGAAUAGAGUAAACGGCCCUCCCUCUCCACAACCAGGCCACGGAAACACUGGCCGUGUUGCUGCUGUGGGACCCUACAUCCAGGUUCCAGUGCCAGGCAGGCAGGAGGGUUAUGCAGUGCCACCUGAACCCCUCAAACCGCAGUCGCUUGGGGUCAACACCCAAGUCAAUCAUGCACGUUCAAAGUCAGAUGGAGUGAGAAAGCCCCCAGGCCCCUGGAAGGUCUCUGAUUUAGACAUCAUAGUGGACCCCAUUGCUCCACCACCUCCAGAGCCCCGCCCAGGCCCUGGGGCUCCACCCCCAGCCACCUGCUCUGCUGCAGGGUCCGAUGGCGCUUCUCCAAAUGAUGCCAGUUGGCCUGCUCUCAAUAAGAGCAACACAUCAGUCAAACCACCAGACUGGAAGGAGUCUGGAACGGACACGACCAGUAAAACAGCAGCACCCUUAGGUGCUCCUGCAGAUAAGAUUCAGGAUUCCAGCAAAAUCGGUUCGGGUCCUCCUCCUAAUAAGCCCCAGCCUCCUCCAUAUGGAGCUCAUACCAGCAACCACCCACUCUCCUCUGCCAAUUCUGGCUCCACCAGCUCUUUGGACCGCCGUAAGGAUGUUCCUCUCCGGCCGGUGCCCAGCUUACCCAGUAACCCUCCACCGCCACCACCGGCUUGGCCACGUGUCCCACCUGCACCCACCGGCUCAUCCUCUCAACAGAUCCAGCAGCGCAUUUCUGUGCCCCCAAGUCCAACCUUUCAGCCCAAUCUACCCUUUUUCCCGCCAGGGGAGAGACCAGACCCUCCUCUGGCCGUAGCAGUGAGGCCGUUCAUUCCAGAUAAGGGCUCCAGACCACAGUCACCACGAAAAGGCCCAGCCACCAUGAACUCGAGCUCCAUUUACCACAUGUACCUACAACAAGCAGCUCCCAAAAACUACCCUCUCAACAUGAAGCCCGCAGUCAAAGCAGUGUAUGGUAAACCACUCCUACCUCCCAGCUCGACGCCCCCUCCUUUACCUUAUGGGAGUUCAGGGGCCUUCCCUGCCCUUCAGGGGCCCGGAGGAGACAUGCUGGAUUUUGAGCUGGUCGACGGUCAACUCAUAGGCGUUCCUGAACCACCUGCUCCCAGUGUGGACCACAUCCCUCGACCCCUCAGCCCCACCAAACUCACACCCAUGGUCCACUCACCCAUGCGCUACCAGAGCGAUGCCGAACUGGAGGUGUUGCGCAAGAAAUUAGCCAAUGCUCCACGGCCGCUUAAGAAGCGCAGCUCAAUUACGGAACCAGAAGGCCCCAAUGGGCCCAACAUCCAGAAGCUUCUCUAUCAGCGCUUCAACACCCUGGCUGGAGGAAUGGAGGGAGGGAUUGGUGGAGUGAGCGGACCUGGUGGAGUGACUCCAUUCUACCAGCCUACUGUCUCCACUUCUGAAAUGAUCUUUGAUGCCGACAAUGGUAAUCCACCUUCAGAAAUUCCAGCUGUGCCAUCAGAGGGCGCUGUUGCUGAGGAUGUGGUCCAGCAAGGUGAUGCCAACGAUAAUGAGCCCCCAGAAGAAGAGGCUGAGACCCUGAGCCCUCCAGCGCCAGAGCCGUCAGAAGACAGUAACAAUAAUCCUGCUGAAUCAUUAGCCGUUUUGCCAAGUCCUGUAGCUGAGGCCAGCACUCCUGAAGAAGCAGACACAUCUCUUUCAUCACAGCCCACGGGCAAACGCACUAAUCUAAAGAAGCCUGACUCUGAGCGGACAGGACACGGCCUCAGAGUGAAGUUCAACCCACUCGCUCUGCUGCUGGAUGCCUCGCUGGAGGGCGAGUUUGACCUUGUACAGAGAAUAAUCUAUGAGGUUGACAAUCCCAGCACUGCUAAUGAUGAGGGCAUCACACCUCUUCAUAACGCAGUGUGUGCUGGACACCACCAUAUCGUCAAGUUCCUUCUGGACUUUGGUGUUAAUGUGAACGCAUCAGACAGUGAUGGCUGGACGCCCUUGCACUGUGCCGCCUCCUGCAACAGCGUACACCUGUGUAAGGUGCUGGUGGAGUCUGGCGCUGCUAUUUUUGCCACCACCAUUAGUGAUGUGGAGACGGCAGCAGACAAAUGUGAGGAGAUGGAGGAGGGUUACAUACAGUGCUCACAGUUUCUCUAUGGUGUUCAAGAGAAGUUGGGUGUGAUGAAUAAGGGAAUGGUGUACGCGCUGUGGAAUUAUGAGGCUCAAAGUGCAGAUGAGCUUUCCUUUCAGGAGGGAGAUGCCAUUACUGUCCUGCGACGAAAAGAUGAUUCUGAGACCGACUGGUGGUGGAGUAAACUCAACGACAAAGAGGGCUAUGUGCCACGCAACCUAUUAGGGCUGUACCCAAGGAUAAAACCACGUCAGCGGUCUCUGGCGUAACCCUGGCUAACGACUGGACUUCCUAUAUUGAGGUGUUCGGCCUCCGUCUUUCACCUCUAUGUGCCACUUGGGUGACAGAAGGGGUGAAGCUGCUAAACCCUGAACCUGGAGGCACAACCAACCGCAUUACCCACAAACACUCUCUCCAGCAAACAGCAGGCCAAACAAGCAGCCUCAGGUCUCUGGCUCUGACCCUGUCAGCCUCCGUAUCUCCCACUCCACUCCUCACGCUUUCUUAUAUCCAUGUAAAGUGUAUCAUAGCUGUACAUCACCCCUUGGGGAUCAAGCACUAAUCACUUUGACAAGAGCUUUCCUUUAUUUCUACUUACCCAUGAUGCUUUGCUGAGGGGAACGGCUCUUUGUCGGGGAGAAAAUUCAGUAUACUUUGAUUUGAACUGGAUGAACUGAUUUUAUGUAAACCAGGGGUGUCCAAACUCAUUCCUGGAGGGCCGGUGUCCUGCAUAGUUUAGCUCCAGCUUUCUUCAACACACCUCCCUGGAAGUUGCUAGUACACCUAGAAAGAGCUUGAUUAGCUGGUUCAGAUUUAAUUGGGGUUGGAACUAAAAGAUGCAGGACACCGGCCCUCCAGGACAGAGUUUGGACACCUCUGAUGUAAACAAAGGCCUUAAAGGGACAGUUCACACAAAAAAAACAAAACCUUAUGUUUGUUUUAACUUUGCAUAAUUCUUUCUUUGGUAUUUUGAAGAAUGUUGGAAAUCGGUAGCCAUUGACUUCAAUAGUAUUCUAUAGAUGCCAAUAGGAAAGACACAAACCUUUGGAACCACUUGAGAGAGGUUAUGGUGAGUGACUUAAUUUUAGGGUGAACUGUCCCUUUAAGUGACUCUUACAAACAAGUGUAUAAACUGGAGGUAUAUGAGAGCAGAGAACAAAAGUAUCCAUAGUUUGCAUAGAACAAUUGUCUGAUCUAUGACUGACAAGUCCCAAACACGGACGGGCAUGUAUAUGAUUCAUAAAGGUGCGUAUAAAUGAGGGUGUAAGCGUUGCGUAUGGGAUUUAUGUAUGUUAUGAGCGUGAUAUUUCUUUUUUUUUUUUCACUGCAGCGAGUGUCAUACAGUGUGAGGAGUUUUUCCACACCAUGAGUGUUUUGAAGAGAGUGUGUAAAUGAAAUCAGCAAGUAUUUACCCUGCAGAAACUGACACUGUACAUUAUGGUCUGUUUGUUGGCUGUAGUGGGUUUGACCAGACUGAAAGUUCCUUUGCAUUUAUUUUACACUAUUUUAAAUGUUGAUUUCUAUUAUACCAGCUCAUUCCACUACACUCCUGUUUUUAGUCAUGUGAGAUGAUUUUUAUAUUCUGCCGCUGAGGCAGUGAAGAGCUUUAUUGUGGAGUUCAACCUUGUAAAUAUACUGUGAUGAGGAUGAGAGAGGAGACAUGCUUGACUCAAUGCUGUUAGACUAAACUGCCCGUGUGGGCCUCUGUGAAAUACAGUACAGACUCGCACCUUGUGUUCUAUACAUGUGCACAAUAAAACGAAAUGAGUCGUUGCAGAAAAUCAUUUCCCCUUGCGUUA